AAUAUAAAAAAAUAAUUAUUUGAUUUGAUAUUUUUGGAGGAAAAAAAAGAAUUUAAAUAAUAAAAAUUUAUGUUAAAACUCACAAAAGAACACAACCUUAGUGUUUAUUUUGCCAUAAUAGAUUAUAUGCUUGUAAAAUCCAUUUUGAACUUAGCCAUUGUUCUCUCUAAGCAAUCUCUCCAUUGCCUUACAACAUAGCAAUGAAUUGGUACUUUAACAAAUCGAUCGAGCAUUCUCGGAUUCAUUGUCUAAUAAGCGGGUUGGGUAAGAAAGUUUUAACUGAUAAGACGACAUUACAAUAGCUCGUUGGAUGUAGAUACAUUGUCCAAUCGCGUAACUUCUAGAUAUUUUUGGCCUUCAUGCUUUGAGGAGAGCCUAUAUAUCGAGAAAAGUUAAGCUUAAAUGUAUUUGUUUGUGGGGGUUGAAUUUUAACUGAUAGUAAAUUUUUAAAUUAAAAUAAUUAUUUCGUACGAUAUAAAUAAAUAUUAAAUUAAUAAUUUGAAUAUAGAAUUAAUCUUUGAUAUAAUAUGAAAAUAAAAAAUAUAUCUUUCGUUUGAUAUUUUUAAAAGAUUAUUUUUUUAAAAAAAUAAUAAUAAAAAGCCCACAAACAAAUACACUCUAAGAACUUACAUAGAUCCAUAUGGCCGAGUGUCUAAAGCACCGAAACAUUUGUUUCUCUUUCCCUUUCGAUCCACCUCAAUCACUUCUUAUAGUAAAGUGCCAUAUUGGACAAGUCAUUUGCCGAAAUUUUUAACAUGUGUUAGAAUGAACUCAUCGAAAGGGACUUGGUUGUCCUUUAUUAGCACCAACAACUUGUUCAUGCCAUUCAUUUACUCCUACCUUACCUUUAUGUUUAUAUAUCAACCAUUUUGCGGCCCAAAUUGUUAUUUUUCGAUGGCGAGGAUGAUGUUAAUCCGUGUCGCGGUUGUCUUGUUUUAUGUCUUGGCUGUUGUGCAAGCCGAGGGCCUUGCAAGUCACCGUGUUGUUGUCAAGGGAUUUGUUACUUGCCUUGAUUGCCCUCACGGUUAUGAUCUCUCAGGAGUUCAAGUCCUUGUAAAAUGCGAGCAGACGAAAAAGGCUGGCACAGUGGCGUAUACACAAGUAGACGGCGCAUUCGAAACUGAGGUUGGUUUAGACAAGGGGGAGUGUAUGGCGAAAAUCAUGGGAGGCCCCGAACAACUCUACUAUGUCGGUACGAGGAAGAAUGAUGCGUCGUUUCAAGUUGCAAAGUCGGAAAAAUUAACAGCAACAACAACAAAAAUUAUUCCGGAGGCUAUUCCAUUCUACAAGUCGUGUCCUACGGAGGGAAAAUGUGGAGACAAGAAAGAGAUGAACGGCGACAGCAAUGGCAACGGCGGUAAUAAAGAGGGAUCAUAUGACUCGUCGAAAACGGUUUAUUUGCCUUUGCCUAGACAAUGGGGACUUGCACCUUCUAGCUAUUACGUGCCCUUUUUCCCCAUCAUUGGCAUUCCUUAGAACUUACUUAUUAUAUAUGUACUUGUUAUCUACGACGCAUAUAAUAAUAUUAUUUGUAUGCCCUGCAUGAUUGAACAAUUUGUUGUUUUUUUAUGUGUAGAAUGAAUGAUGAAUAAAGAGUGUUUAUUUUGCA